CUGGGGCCUCUGCCCCUCAAGGAGUGAGCUCUCCCGAGCUGAGUCUUUGCUCCCCCUCCCCCUCUGUUUUCCAGGGGCCUGGGCAUGCCCCGCGCGUGUCUGUGGAAGGCGGAAACGGCUGCAGGGGCCCGUGUUCUUGCGAAGGGACCUAACUAAGCCCGCCAUGUCUGGGGGCUUCGAGCUGCGGCCGCUGGGCGACGGCCCCCGGGUGGCCCUGGCGCCCGGGGAGACGGUGAUCGGUCGCGGGCCGCUGCUGGGAAUAACUGACAAGAGAGUAUCCAGAAGACAUGCCAUUCUUGAGGUAGUGGGUGGUCAGCUUCGAAUCAAACCGAUACACACAAAUCCAUGUUUUUAUCAGUCUUCUGAGAAAAGCCAACCCUUACCAAUGAAGACAAAUCUAUGGCGCUGGUUGAAUCCUGGAGAUAGUUUUUCUUUGUUAGUUGACAAGUACAUUUUUCGUGUUUUUGCUACACAAUCGGAAACAGACAUGGAAUGCACAUUGCGAAAUAGCCAAAUGCUUGAGGAAGAUAAUAUAUUGAAUGAAGCACCAAAAUCUCCUGUGACUAGUUUGCCUGAUAAGACAACUGGCACCUCACAGCUAGAAAGAAGCACAGAACUAGCCAAGACCCAGACUACUACCACUAAUAGUGUGUCUUUCCUAGGUGAAUGUAGAGACUUCAGUAAGCAACAGUCAAACCCUGCCCAGAGGAAAAGAGUUCUUCCAGCUUGGAUGUUAGCAGAGAAUUUAAGUGAUCAAAACCUUUCAGCAUCUGUCAUCAGUGGAGAUAAUAAUAUAAUCCAAGAAUGUGGAAAAGAAGGAAUCUCCAAAGAUAAAACCCAAGUAAACAUGAGCCAGCAAAGAAAGCGAGUAAUUUCAUCAGGAAAUUCAGAAAGUAUAUCAGCAGAAGAUGAUGCAGGAAAAAAGUGCAAAAAUGCUGAUCAAGAAGAGUCUAUCAUUUCAUCCAAGGAAAUGCCAGAAUCAUUUUCUACAGUUACUCUGAGUAGCACAGAUAUAAAUACUCUGAAGACAAAUACACAGAGAAAUGAAAUUCCAGUAGAGGAGCUUGGUAAGGUUUCUGAACAUAAAAUCAUAACUAAAGGAACACCAAAUAAAGACGACAAGGCAGUGAGCUAUUCUGAGAGUUAUUCGAGUGUUCCAGGCAGAUCAUCCUGUGGUGAGUUUCAAGGAUCUCAUCCCGAGUCUACCUCUGAUUCCUUCAGUCCUGAAACUUUGCAUGCAAAAACAAGUGAUUCAGUUCCAGGAGGUUCCGAAGAAAACAGAGUCAAGAGAACAUCCUGCAUGUAUGGGGCAAACUGCUACAGGAAGAAUCCUGUCCAUUUUCAACACUUCAGCCACCCUGGUGAUAGUGAUUAUGGAGGUGUACAAAUCAUAGAUCAAGAUGAAACUGAUUAUCGGCCUGAAUGCCCCUAUGGAGCAUCUUGUUAUAGAAAGAAUCCCCAGCACAAGAUAGAAUAUAGACAUAGUACUCUUACAGAUGAAGAUAAUGAUGAUGUUGGACAACCCAAUGAAUCUGACCUGAAUGACAGCUUUAUAGAUGAUGAGGAAGAAGAAUAUGAGCCAACAGAUGAAGAUUCUGACUGGGAACCAGGGAAGGAAGAUCAAGAGAAGGAAGACGUGGAAGAGCUUUUGAAGGAAGCAAAAAAGUUUAUGAAAAGAAAAAAAUAACUCUUUUCUGCAAUAAUAUAAGACUCAAUUUCAGGAAGUAAGGAGGUACUAGAGUAAUCAUUAUUUUCUUUCUUUUGAUAGCUACAACUUUUGCUAUUGACUUUGUGCAAGUAAAAUAUUGAAAUGUCAGCCAUUAAGGUAGUAGGUGGAAUUUAUUUUGUUGCCUUACUUAAGCACUUACUAGUAGAAAGCAGAUAGAGGUUAAAGAGGAAUCAUAUUUUCCCUGUACUUUGUAUAUUGAUAAUAAAAAGUAAAAGCCUUGGUUGUACAAAA